UGUGUCAAGUCCACGGCGCAAGAGCACGAACCAAGGCCGCAUCCACGACACAACACAGCAACAAGACACAAGCCAGCGUGCCAGUGUUCCAGAGACUCUGCCCAUCAUGUCUAGCGAAAAUCUCACAGAAGAACAAAUCAGCCUGUUUGACAAGGAUGGCGAUGGCAACAUCACCACCAAAGAGCUCGGCACAGUCAUGAGAUCGCUCGGUCAAAACCCGACAGAGGCAGAGCUGCAAGACAUGGUGAAUGAAGUGGAUGCCGAUGGCAAUGGCACAAUUGAUUUCCCAGAAUUCCUCACAAUGAUGGCGCGUAAGAUGAAGGACACGGAUUCCGAGGAAGAGAUCAAGGAGGCCUUCAAGGUGUUUGAUGCGGAUGGCAAUGGUCAAAUCUCAGCAGCAGAGUUGAAGCACGUCAUGAUGAACCUGGGCGAGAAGCUCACAGACGAGGAAGUGAAUGAGAUGAUUCGGGAGGCGGAUGUCGAUAAUAGCGGCACCAUCAACUACGAGGAGUUUGUCAAGAUGAUGAUGGCCAAGUAAAGCUGCAGCCCUUAUUUUCGUGGUUGCGCUAC